AUGGAGACUUUCCAAGAAGAUUCUUAUGACCAAGAAGAAGAAGUCAACUAUGUUGGUGCUCAAGGAUACUACCAAAACCGUGGGUACAACAACAACUUCAACAACAACUUUAGAAAUACUUCUAACCUUUCUUAUAGGAACCCAAAUGUGGAGAAUCCCCAAGAUCAGAACUAUCCUCAGCAAGCUAACCACUUUCAAGGCAACAAUUUUGGUGGAAACAACAACAACAACUUUCAGCCGAGACCUCAAUUCAACAACAACAAGCCACCUUUCCAAUCCGGGCCAGCCCAGGCGCCUACCACUGAAGCUGAUGCUAAUACCGACCUAAAGAUGCAAGAACUCCUUGUUGCUUUUCAAAAGCAAUCAAGAGAUAUCAACUCAAGGAUGGAUAACAUCUAUACCGAACUGAAUGGGAAGUUUGAAAGCAUUUCUAUCCAUGUCAAGAAGCUUGAAACUCAAGUUGCUCAAACCGCUAAUGCUGAUCCAUGCCAAGUUGGUGUACUUCCGGGAAAACCCGAAGAGAAUCCUAAAGGAUAUUGCAAUGCUAUCUCAGCCGUACCAGCCCUCACCCACCGUGAAGCCAAGCCUACGGUACCACUCUUUGACUCUUAUGAAGAUGUUAUUCGUAUGACAUGUCCAUUUGAUGAAGAAACCGCAAGCCACUACCCCUUAAGGAGACUACCUAAAGCUGAAGACCCAGGACGCUUUGUUUGCUCAUGCUCCAUAACAGGCAUUGAAUUCUCUAACUCUCUUUGUGAUUCUGGUGCUAAUGUUAAUGUUAUGUCAAGAAGUGUAGCCGAUACACUAGGAUUACGAGACAUAUCUCCAUCCAACCUCUGUCUUGUCUUUGGAGACUCACCACAAAAGGUUCCCGACGAAUUUGUUCGAGACCUACAACUUGUAGUAGGAGAAUGCAUAGUUCCUACCGAUUUUCACAUCUAA